CCCAUAGUCCGCCUCUGCGGCCCACGCCGACACAGCGACGACGGCAUCGGCCUCGACCCAGCCACGACGAGACGUCGACUCAGCCCCGAGUCUCCGACCAUCGAACGCGACGCCGACUCUGUCAUAGCCUCGUCGCCCCUCCGUCCAAUCUCAUCGCCGUCCGUCGACUUUUGGGGAACAGCUGCCGAACUCAGAAAAAUGGAAGGGAGCAGCAGCUGGGGCACUAAAAAGAGAAUACCAACAUCAAGAGGAGAUGAUAAUUUGCCUCCUCUUCUUAGUAAGAAGCGACCACAACCACAAGCUUCAAAGACAGCUGUUGAAAGUGGGAAUAAUAGUGGAAAUGUUAAUGUUCAAGCCGCUGCCACUCAAGAACAAGAACGGCCAGCAGCUACCAACACCACAACAACACCUGAAAUGGAGAAGACCAAUAGGGAGUAUGUGUUAAGGUCACCUGUAUGGCAGAAUUAUGAUUGUUACAAAGAUGCCAAAGGCAAGAAGAAGGCAAGGUGUCAUUACUGUGGAAAGUCACUGGCUGGGGAUCCCUCGGGAAAUGGUACAAGUUCUUUGGGUAGGCAUACUCAAAGGUGCUUAAAGAAACAAAAAGAAAAGGGGAAGCAGUUGAAUCUAGAACUCAAUCCAACUUCUGUUGAAGGGCAAGGAGUUUUGGGGACUUGGAAAUUUGAUCAAGCAUUUAUCAAAGCUGGGUUAGUUGAAAUGAUAAUUCUGGAUGAAAUGCCUUUUAGGAGCGUGGAGAAAGAAGGGAUUAAGCGCUUCAUGGCACGUGCUUGUCCGAUGUUUAAGAUUCCAAGCAAAAGAAGUAUUAGAGAAGAUUGUUUUAGAUUGUUUCUUGAACAGAAGGGCAAGUUGAGAGAUUACUUCAAGAUCAAGUGUGGAGGAAGGGUGUCCAUAACUACCGAUAGUUGGACUUCUUGUCAAAAUUUCAACUAUAUGUGCAUCACUGCACAUUUUGUUGGGAAGGAUUGGAAGCUGUACAAGAAGGUGAUAAGUUUAUGCAAGAUUAAAAGUCAUAAGGGGAUUGAUCUAGGUGAUGCAAUAGCCUAUUUUUUGGAGCAUUGGGGUUUGCAAAAUAUUUUCACAGUCACAGUUGACAAUGCAAGUGCAAAUGACAGG